GACCCGCAUCCCGAGAGAAGAGCAGAGGGUGACCCGGAUAAUGGCGGCCGGUGCGGCCAUAGCCCUGGCCCUGUGGCUACUCCUGCCAUCAGUAGGAGUGGGAGAGGCGGGGCCACCGCCCAUUCAGGACGGCGAGUUUACUUUCCUGCUUCCCGCGGGGAGGAAGCAGUGUUUUUACCAGUCCGCGCCGGCCAAUGCUAGUUUGGAGACUGAGUACCAGGUGAUUGGAGGUGCUGGACUGGACGUGGACUUCACCUUGGAGAGCCCUCAGGGUGUGCUGUUGGUCAGUGAGUCCCGAAAGGCUGAUGGGGUGCACACGGUGGAGCCUACUGAGGCUGGGGACUACAGGCUGUGCUUUGACAACUCCUUCAGCACCAUCUCCGAGAAGCUAGUAUUCUUUGAGCUCAUCUUUGACAGUUUCCAAGACGAGGAGGAGGUGGAAGGUUGGGCGGAAGCUGUGGAGCCAGAGGAGAUGCUUGAUGUCAAGAUGGAAGACAUCAAGGAAUCCAUAGAGACUAUGAGGACCCGGCUGGAACGGAGCAUCCAGAUGCUGACUCUGCUCCGAGCCUUUGAGGCCCGUGAUCGGAACCUUCAAGAAGACAACCUGGAGCGGGUCAACUUCUGGUCAGCUGCCAAUGUGGCUGUGCUGCUGCUGGUGGCUGUCCUGCAGGUCUGCACACUCAAGCGCUUCUUCCAUGACAAGCGUCCUGUACCCACGUAGCCCCAGCCACAGAGGAUGAACGAAACAACGGAGGGAACAGGCAUGUGUGACUUGCUGGAGGCCGCCCAGACUCAGAGAAGCUGCAGUUGGGUCCUCAGCAGUGGCCCCAUGUCCCCCUUCCUGGAUGAGCGGGGAGUGCAAGUGGAUUGCAGACCCCUUGGAGGGAGGUUCCGCAACAGUGCCUGUUUCUUGGAAGCUGGAAGUGUUGGGCACUGCAGUGUGGGGAUAUAUGGCUCUCAGAUGCCCUGGUUUUCUCCUGAAAUCGUGCCUUAGCUUAAGCCUUCCAGCCACCAGGAUGGAUGGGGUCAUGCUGCACAGCUGUCCCUUGCCCUUUGCCCAGUGGGACACACCCACCCUCAAUGUCUCCACUUUGCUCCUGGGGAUAAGACCUUUGCUAGGGUCUGGGAAGGAGACACAUCUGCAGAGUUCUUGCCAGGACAGUCACUUUUAUUUGAUAGGAAGGAGCCCUGGCCCAGAGGAGAGCCAGCUGGUUGGGGGAUCUGGUAACAGAACUCCAAGAGGGGACCCCCUUCCUCCUCUCAGAGUGCAGGACCUCAGAGGGCUGAGGUGCAGCCCCACCAAAGCCUGCCUACGAGCCUCAAGGAACAAAGGGCAUCUGUCCUGGGCACUGGAGUCAAUAAAUUAUGGUCAGAAAAAUUAA